AUGUCCUCAACCCCUGCUGCUGAUAUCGUUGAGCCUUCAUCGGAGCCGGAGCGCGAUCUUCACCGGAGACUGCGGGAGCGGUUUCACGUGGUAGCCGAGACGAUUGAGACAGACGCAGCGGACGACGACACCUUCUACGAGGUUCGGGUAGACAUGGCGGUCAAUCGACAAUCGUCACUCGAUGGUUUACCUGCGAGCAUCAAUGCACCGACAAUCGACAAUAAUAAUUUCGAGAUCAAGGCUGGCACCAUAUCGAUGUUGCAGAAUGCGGUGCAGCUUUAUGGCAAGGAUCACGAGGAUCCUAGUGUUCACAUCGCGGGGUUUCUAGAGGUUUGUGCCACAUUUAGGAUUCGUGAUGCAUCACCGGAUGCUAUCCGCCUUCGGCUCUUUCCGUUUUCCUUACGGGAUGGAGCCAAGGAGUGGCUUCUUUCACUUCCAGCUGGAUCUAUCACUACAUGGAAUCAAUUAGCUGAGAAGUUCCUUCAGAAAUAUUUCCCUCCAGAGAAAACUGUUCGGUUGAGAACCAAGAUUCUGAACUUUCAUCAGGACGAGGACGAGUCCCUUUACAAGGCAAGGGAGCGGUUUAAAGAGCUUAUGAGAAAGGUCCCACAUCACGGGUUGCCCAAGUGGCAACAGUGUCAGAUCUUCUACCAUGGUUUGGACAGUCAGGGACAGAUGAUGGUUGAUACAUACUCGGGUGGUGAUAUCGGCACGAAAAAUGCCACCGAGGCAUUUGAGAUUCUUGAAAAGUGUGCCGCGAAAAACCGGACGCAACAGCCCCCGAGGGGAAAGAGUUCUCGGCAGGGAGUUCAUCAUGUGGACGACUACACAGCCAUGACAGCACGUAUGGAUGCCUUAUCUUCGAAAUUUGAUCGAGUGAUGGAAAUACACUCGAGAGGUUCUUCGAGUGGGGGAGCGUAUCAGGUAGGUGAUUUCCCGACGGGAGAGAUGUCACACGAGCAUGUUGAUUUCAUGGGAAACCAAUACCGUCCUCAAAAUAAUCCCUACAGCAAUACCUAUAAUCCGGGGUGGAAGAAUCAUCCAAACUUUAGUUGGAAGCCCGAUGCUUCUAACCAGUAUCCACCCGGAUUUGCUCCACGUCCCACAGCUCCAGUUCAUGGAGCAUAUGGUCCACCUCGACCUCAGCAGACGCCUCCUUCUAGUGAUCCUAGUGUGCAUGAUAUGCUUAGUCAAAUCUUAGCUGGUCAAAACACUCAAAAGGCUGAGAAUGAGAAGCGUUUUAAGGAGUAUGACAGCCGUUUCACGAGGCACGAGAGUGAGUUGAGAAGCCAAAAGGCUUCCAUGCAGACCAUUGAGAACCAAGUUGGCCAGAUUGCCAAGAUGUUGUCUGAGAGACAACAGGGGGGCCUUCCGAGCAACACAGAGCCAAAUCCAAAUGCUACUGCAAAGGCCAUCACGUUGAGAAGCGGCAAGACCACUCAAGCCAUCCCUCCGGCUGUGUCAGAAAAGCCAGUCGAUGACGAGGAGGUUGAUGAGGAGAUUGAGGCUGAGUCUCCUGGUGAGGUGCAACAGAGGCGAGUCCCAGCAAGUACCGCACGACCCAAGGAGCCAGUGAGAGAGUAUGUCCCUCCCAUUCCAUAUCCGGGGAGGUUGAAGAAGCAGAAAAUGGAAGAACACUAUGGUAAAUUUCUCGAGCUUUUUAAGCAACUUCAUAUAAAUUUACCAUUUGUCGAGGCACUUGCUCAAAUGCCUAAAUAUGCCAAGUUUCUGAAGGAUAUCCUAUCCAACAAAAAGAACUUGAGGAGCUUUCGCAGGUGA